AUGGUCGCCAUCCACAGUACUCAAGAUGAUUCCUAUCCCUCCCCUAUUGUCAAUAAUAGUGUCAAUGGGAACGGGAUGUAUGCCAACGGCACAACGAAUGGAAACGUUCACAGCAAUGGCAUCAUGAACGGUCAAGCUACUCAAAACGACGCCACCCAGAAUGGCGAGUCUAUCUUUUCACCUAUUGCCAUCUGUGGCAUGGCGUGUCGUCUUCCUGGAGGCAUUGCUUCUCCAGAACAGCUGUGGGAGUUUCUCUUGGAAGGAGGUGAUGCGAGAACCCGCGUCCCCAAGUCCCGCUUCAACAUUGACGCCUAUCACUCCUCGACAAAGAAACCUGGUGCCACAAUUACAGAGUACGGUUACUUUCUCGAUGAGGAUGUCGACAUCGGGGCUCUCGACAUCUCAUUCUUCUCCAUGCCACGCAAUGAAGUGGCCAGACUCGAUCCUCAACAGAGAUUGCUGCUAGAAGUGGCUAGAGAGUCUAUUGACGACGCCGGCGAAGUUGGCUGGAAAGGUAGCAACAUUGGCGUAUACGUUGGCACCUUUUCACAAGAUUGGUACGACGCCUUUAACAAAGACUCUUCAAAGUACGGCAUUUACCAAGCUACUGCCACGCACGACUUUAUGGUAUCUGAGCGACUAUCUCAUGAAAUGGAUCUUCGUGGUCCAAGUAUGACUAUUCGCACAGCUUGCUCUUCUGCCUUUGUGGGCCUCAACGAAGCAUGCAUGUCUAUUGCCAGAGGAGACUGCAAAUCCGCCAUUGUCGGUGGAAGCAGCAUUAUCAUGGCUCCCAGUUUAAUGGCCGCCAUGUCUGAGCAAGGCGUGUUGAGCCCUGACGGUUCGUGCAAGACAUUUUCUGCUGCGGCCAACGGCUAUGCUAGAGGAGAGGCCAUUGUCUCCUUUUACGUCAAGUCCCUAGAUGCCGCCAUUGCCGACGGCAACCCCAUCAGGGCCGUUAUUGCUGGCACUUCGACCAACUUUGACGGCAAGACGCCUACUUUGUCCAUGCCUAAUCCUGAGGCUCAGGAGGCGUUGAUUAGACAGGCAUACAAGGUCGCUGGCAUCUCCGACUUUGCCAAGACGGGCUUCUUCGAGUGCCACGGAACUGGCACGAGUGCUGGUGAUCUCGUUGAGACUAGUGCUGUAGCCGCCGUCUUUGGCCAAGAUGGAGUUCACAUUGGUUCUGUCAAGCCUAACUUGGGCCACUCUGAGGGAGCGUCUGGCCUGACGUCUCUGCUCAAAGCCGUCCUGGCUCUCGAGCACAAGACCAUCCCUCCCAAUAUCAAGUCGUUGCCGCUCAACCCCAAGAUCCCCUUUGAAGACAAGAAGCUUACAGUUCCUCACGAGGCAAAGGAUUGGCCUGCUGAUCGUGACGAACGAGUUAGUAUUAAUUCGUUUGGUGUGGGCGGCGCCAAUGCCCAUGUCAUUGUUGAGUCUGCUGCCAGAUAUAGGACUAAUCCUAACCCUGAACCGCUGCAUGGCAUCCGAGCCAGUGAUUCCAAGCCGCAGCUCAUGGUAUACUCUGCGAAUACAGCACAGUCGUUGAAGGAUCUCGUUCAGAUACACCGGUCUUUCCUAGGCAAAACAGAAUUAGACUACGAGGAUAUCGCCCUAACUUUGGCAACAAGAAGAGAACACCUGGGCCACAGAUCGUUUGCUGUCGUGACAAAGAAUACCUUUGACGCCGCAGUAGAGUUGCCAGUGCAAGAUGCUGGAAAGGCUGGACAAGCUGCACCGUCGUUGGUCAUGGUUUUCACCGGACAAGGCGCAGCGUGGCCCCGAUUUGGAAGAGAGCUACUGCUUACUAACCCAAUCUUUGCUAACAGUGUCAAGUCUCUCGACGCUCAGCUUCAGACCCUGGGCAAGAUUGCUCCCAGCUGGUCCUUGGUCGAUGAGCUUUGUAAGCCAGCUAAGACGAGCCGCGUCUAUGAAGCUGAAUUCUCUCAGCCUCUUUGCACAGCCGUGCAGAUUGCCCUUCUUGAUCUGUUUGCCUCUCUGGGCGUCACGCCUGCUGCUGUGGUUGGCCAUUCUUCUGGUGAGAUUGCUGCCGCAUAUGCCGCCGGGGGUUUAACUGCGUACGAGGCCAUUGUUGCUGCUUUCCUACGCGGCGCUACUACAAAAGUCCAGACGCAGCAAGGAGGCAUGGCUGCGGUUGGCCUUGGCUGGGAAGUGGCCAAGAAGCACAUUGCGCCUGGCGUUGUUAUUGCCUGUGACAAUGCGCCCAACAGCGUCACUCUUUCUGGCGAUGUGGAUAAGCUCGAGCAAGUUGUCGCUGCUGUCAAAGAGGCACAUCCCAACGUUCCUGCUACGAUGCUCAAGGUCGAAAAGGCAUAUCAUUCUCACCACAUGGAGCUCCUUGGUGCCGACUAUCAGCAGUCGAUGGAGGAUGCUGGCAUAGUCGGACGACAGCCUGUGAUCCCCUUCUUCUCUAGCAUGACGGGAAAGCGUUUUGGUCUCGAGACCAACGACAGGUUUGGCCCGUCGUACUGGAGAGCCAACUUGGAGAAGCCAGUCCUGUUCCGAUCUGCGGUAGCGGGUAUCGUCCAUUACCCUGAGAUUGAGAAUGAGCUCUUCCUGGAGCUUGGUCCUCACUCGGCCUUGGCUGGACCUUUACGACAGAUCCUCACACACAACGGAAGCAAUGCUCCCUAUGUUGCUUCACUCGUACGCAACCAGCACAGCGUCGAGUCCUUCCUGACAGCUCUUGGCAAGCUCUUUACGCAUCACGUUGAUGUCAACUUCACUACUCUAUUUCCGAGAGGAACUGUCGUCUCUGAUAUGCCUCGCUACCCUUGGGACCACCAGCGUCGCUAUUGGCACGAAUCGCGCGUGUCCAAGGAGUGGCGAUGGCGAGAGCAUCCUCACCACGAUCUGCUGGGUAUUCGCGUUCCCGAGUGCACUGACCUUGAGCCAGUCUGGCGAAACCUGUUGCACAUUGAAAAUGUUCCUUGGGUGGCUGAUCACAGGCUCAACGACGGCAUCGUCUUUCCAUUUGCAGCCUAUGUAGGCAUGGCGGCCGAAGCUGCUCGACAAAUGUCUGGUUUACAGGAUGGCGUGUCUCUGCGUCACGUAAUCGUUAGCAAUGCGCUGCUCAUCAACGAGGAGGCACCGACUGAGCUUGUGACUACUCUUCGUCCUCAUCGACUUACAGACUCACUCAACAGUGAGUUCUGGUGGGACUUUACUAUUGCAUCUCACAACGGCCACGUCUGGACCAAGCACUGCUCUGGCGAGGUCCGCGGUGAAUCCUUCAAAGAGGUGGCUGCCUGCAAGGUGCAAGAUCUUCCUCGCAAAGUAGACAUGGGAAGAUGGCAGGAUGUGCUGAGAAAGGCCGGCCUCAACUAUGGCCCCCUCUUCACGACCUUGCAGGACGUCAAGUGCACCACUGGUGUUGGGGAUCUCAGCGCUACUGGAUGGAUGGAAAAUAAUAGAUGGGGCCAAGAAUCCCAGUAUCAUCUGCAUCCCGUCAUAUUGGAUUCGUACUUUCAGCUCUUGAGCGUUGCUCGCGCCAACGGCGUUGCCCACACGUAUCGACGCCUCAUUGCAGCGAGCGUCGAGUCUCUGACGCUUUACCGAAACAGCGCCCCCGAGCUGAGCUUGGCUGCUACUACCGUCUCUACCGAGGAUGGUCUGAUUGGUCACGGUGAGUGCGUCGCUGACAAUGGCCAAGCUGUGCUUAUAGCAUCUGGUGUCCGUAUCUCCUUGUUUGAAGAAGGAGAAACUGAAGAGGACAAUGCCAUGCCUUUGACUGCUCGCGUCGAAUGGGUUCCUCAUAUCGACUUUCAGAAGACGCAAGAUCUUAUUCAGCAUUCUGGCGUUCAAAACGACGCUUUGCCCAUCUUGACUGAGCUUGCACAGACCGCCAUCAACCUAUCUCAAGUUCUCAUCAAAGAUAUUGAGGCCUCGACGACAGCAUUGCAAAAGUAUAAAAGCUGGCUGCUUCAGCAGUGCACUGUCGACAGUUUGCAUGAUCUCGACGUUGCUGCAUCCUUUCAGAAGAUGCAAAGUCUCAGACAUCGUCUCCAAGGCACUUCUGCUGCCCAUGCUUCAGACGCCAUCAAUGCCAUUUUAAACAACAUUGAGCUUGUCUUGCGGGGCGAAAAGUCCGGCUUCGAGGUCCUCAAUGCAAAUGGUGACCUUGAAAACUUUAUGACCUUCCUGCAAGAAUGCGAUGAUGCUAGAUAUAUCGCUACUUUGGCACAAACCAAGCCAAACCUUAAAGUACUGGAACUUGAAGCUGGUCUCGGAGCAAAGACAAAGAGCAUCCUCCGAAGCCUCACCAGAGCCAAUGACCAGAUCCUCUAUUCACAGUAUGUAUUCGCGGAUGCGUCGUCUGGUAUUAUCAAUAGUGCCAAGGAGAGCUUCAAGGGCACCCCCAACUUGGAAUUCGUUGCCUGGGUCGUCAACCAAGACGCCGCAGAUGCUGGUUUUGAGCAAGGCCAAUUCGAUCUCAUCAUUGCCUCUGGGGUUCUCAACGGUACUUCUAGUGUACAAGAGAGUCUCCGCAACAUACACCAGCUCUUGGCUCCAGAGGGCCGCUUACUUCUCCAGGAACCAGCUCCAGGCCUUGCUUGGACCAAAUUUAUCCUUGGCGCCUUGCCCAGCUUUUGGAACUAUGAUCUCAAUGGACAUGCAGAGGAACCCUUCAUCUCUCAGCCAAGAUGGGAAGAGGAGUUAAAGGCAGCUGGGUUUGGCGAUAUUGAUGCCAUCACCAGCAACUCGGAGACGGCGUCUACCAUCAUUGUGGCAAAGCCGCAACCAAAGGCAAUCGCUGUCAAGAAGAUUACUCUUCUAACGAAUGGAAAUGCUCCCACUUCCAUCAUCAACGGCCUAGAAAGUCGAGGUUACGAGAUUACCCAGUGCACCCUUGAUCAGACGCCUCCUGCUGGUCAAGACGUCCUCGCUGUGCUUGACCAGGACACGCCAUUCUUUGACAAUAUCAACGAAGCUCGCUUCAUCCAGUUCAAGGCAUUUGUAAAUGGUCUGAAUGGAGCUGGCCUCUUGUGGCUUACCAAGCUCUGCAGCGUCGGAUGCCAAGAUCCUCGCUACGGACCUGUAGUCGGUCUUGCUCGCACGCUGCGUUCCGAAAUGGAUAUUUCUUUUGCUGUCUGCGAGACCGAGAGCAUGGAGUCAUCGUCCGAUCUGGAUUCUCUGGCAGCCAUUUUGGAAAAGUUCCAAGGUCGUAGUCAGGAUGGUCCUAUGAACGCCGACUAUGAGUAUGCCAUUUACAAGGGCGACGUUCUCAACAGCCGAAUCUUUCCCUUUGCUCUGGAAGAUGAACAGACCGCUUCAUCCGACUCAGGCAAGGAGGCAACUCUAUCCAUCGCUCAGCAAGGCCGUCUUGACAGUCUUUGCUGGGCUCCCAUGACUGUCGAGGGCCUGAAGGAAGACGAAGUGGAAGUCGAGGUUUACGCUUCUGGUCUCAACUUUAGAGUAUGUUGCCUAAUCUGUAACGUUACUAUCUUAUUCGCACCAUUUAUACUAACAUAUUGAUAGGAUGUCUUGGUAGCUAUGGGUAUUAUCGACCGUCGCAUACCGACUUUUGGCUAUGAAGCUGCUGGAGUUGUCCGUCGCGUCGGGCCCAAGGCUACUAAGCUCAAGGUCGGAGACAGAGCAGUAUUUAUGGGCACAAAGACGUUCUCGACUGUUGUUACAGCUCCUGAAGUUCUCUACGAGAAAAUGCCGGGCAGCAUGAGCUUCAGCGAAGGCGCGUCUAUGCCUCUUGUCUUCGCCACGGCCAUCUACUCCCUCAUCGAUAUUGGUCAACUCUGCCAAGGCCAGUCGGUAUUGAUUCACAGCGGCUGUGGUGGCGUAGGUCUCGCGGCCAUACAGAUUGCCCAAAUGCUAGGCGCCCAAGUCUUUACCACGGUCAGCAGUGAAGAAAAAGUCAAGUACCUCAUGGACACAUACGGCAUCCCACGUAACAACAUCUUCCAGUCUCGCAACACGUCAUUUGUUGAGGAUCUUCUCCGUGAAACCAAUGGCAAAGGCGUUGAUCUGGCUCUCAACUCUCUUUCCGGCGAGCAGCUACAUGCCACCUGGAAAUGUAUUGCUAAAUGGGGUAAGCUUGUCGAGAUUGGCAAGAGAGAUCUUCUCGGAGCUGCGAAGCUGGACAUGACGCCCUUUUUGGACAACCGUAGCUACUGCUGUGUCGAUCUCGAUCAGAUGAGCCGUGAACGACCUCACAUUGUCAGCAGACUGUUGAGAAAUAUGAUGGACUUUUUCCGCCAAGGCCACGUCAAGCCGAUCCGCAUCGAGCAGAUUACCAGUGCUGCCUCUGUCCAAGACGCUUUCCGGUUCAUGCAGCAGGGCAAGCACAUUGGCAAGAUUAUUCUUCAGCUUCGUGAUGACACGGGCAAGCUUGAACUUGGUGAGGUGAAUGGCGUCCAGAUGGGCGGCAUGUUCUUGGACUCAAGCGCAUCAUAUCUUUUGAUUGGCGGUCUUGGAGGUCUUGGACGCGCCAUGUCUGUCUGGCUCGUAAGCCACGGAGCCAAGAAUCUCGCAUUCAUGUCUCGAAGUGCUGGCAAGUCGCAGCGUGAUCUGGACUUUGCCCGAGAAAUUGAAAGCAUGGGGUGCACUGUUCAGCUUGUCCAGGGAGACGUGACCAACGUGGAUGAUGUCGCUCGCGUUAUCGAUGGAGUGGUUGCUCCUCUUAAGGGCAUCAUCCAAAUGUCUAUGGUUUUGCGCGAUCAAAUGUUUGAGGGCAUGAGCAUGCAAGACUGGGAUGACGUCAAUCGACCCAAGGUUCAAGGAACCUGGAAUCUUCACACGCUAACGGCUUCUCGAAACAUUGAACUCGACAUGUUUGUCUUGUUCAGCUCGCUGUCCGGAAUUGUCGGACAAACAGGACAGGCCAACUACGCCGCGGCCAACACAUUCCUAGACUCCUUUGUCCAGUACCGCGUGAACCAGGGCCUUGCUUGCACUGCCAUUGACCUCGGCGCCAUGGAGGGAGUUGGCUAUCUAUCUGAGAACACGGAACUUCUGCGCAAGAUGCAAGGUACUGGCUGGCGAGUCGUUCAAGAAGCUCAACUGCUCCGCGGGCUCGAGGCUAGCAUACGUACCAGUCUAGGCCGCAGAGCACACGCCUCUCAGUGCAACUUUCUGUUGGGUAUUUCUCCGUCCGUACCUCUAAGUAGUCCUGACAGCAACUCCCGCCUCCGUCGGGAUGCUCGCAUGGCCGUCUACCACAAUGCAAGCAGCAGCAGCAAGGCCGGUUCUGGUGGCGACGAUGGACUGCGAUCGUUCCUCAAAUCGGUCAAGAGUGAUCCCAAUAUGCUUAGAUCCGUUGAAAGCACAACCUUCUUGGCUCUGGAGAUUGGAAAGAAGCUUUUUAAUCUGCUGUUGAGGGCGGACGAUGAGGAGAUCAACAUCAAGAUGAACACGGCUGACAUUGGCCUAGACUCACUGGUUGCGGUAGAAUUGAGAGGAUGGUGGAAGUUGAGUUUCGGAUUUGAUAUUGCUAUUUUGGAAAUGUUGGGAAUGGGAACUUUGGAGGCUCUGGGCAAGUUUGCUGCAGAGCGGUUGUUGGUUCUGCUCGACGGCUGAGGAUAUUGACUCGUACUUUAUUGAUAGAUUAGAGCUGGUUUAUAUAGAUUUUAGAUUUCAUUAUUAAUUAUCAUGUUCAUUCCAUUA